AUGGAAAACGUCAGACGCCUUCCUGCUGGCCGUCGACGAGAUGCCCUGUCCGCCUCCACCCGUGAUCCCAGCACGGCACGGAUUCCUGAAUCUGGAUCCUAUCCAAAUGCCUCUCACAGUGUCACGCAGCGACAAUCGCCUUAUUUUGCCCCACCCAGCCAUCUUGAGGCUGCUCUGUUCGACCCAUACUCGCCUCCUGAACUUGACAGACCACUUGACGACUUUGACAGAGCUCUGCUCCAGGAGAGCUCACAACUCCCAGGACCAGCCGCAGGACCGAGCGUACCCCGAGUCACUCUUCCUCGCAAACCUCUCACGCCGUUAAUGACCAGCAGUACAAGGAGAUUUUUACAAGAUGACUUGCAUGACAAGUCCGACCUCCAAAGAUCCAGCUCCUCGCCCACCGCCCCUUCCAGCAGUCCCACAGUGUCUUUCCUCCAGAACCGUCAACGUGACAGAACGAACGAAACCCUGUCAAGUAAGAUGUACAGCUCGAGGGCAUAUGACUUUUCACCUGAGGAGGCCGGGACCUCCUCGAACAUGACUUCUGAAAACACGAGAGCCAGCCAGAGAUCAUCGCUGGGCUACAAACCUACCUCAGCACCGCCUAUUAUCCAAGGGAUUCGGCUGGUCCCGGUGACAGCACUACCAGACCGAGUUCGUUCGGUAUUCAAGUUUGAGUUUUUCAACGCUAUCCAGACAAAAUGUUUCGAAAGUGCCUUCCAGUCAGAUGACAACAUUGUCGUGUCAGCCCCGACUGGGAGUGGAAAGACUGCUAUCAUGGAGCUGGCUAUCUGCAGGCUGGUAGUACAAUCCAAAGGUCGAGAUUUCAAAAUUGUAUACCAGGGCCCUACCAAGUCAUUGUGUUCAGAAAGAUAUCGUGAUUGGCAACACAAGUUCGAUGCUCUGGGUUUGCAAUGUGCCGAACUUACUGGUGAUAGUGACCAUAAUGACUUGGCCCAUGCACAGAAGGCAAACAUUAUCAUCACCACUCCAGAGAAAUGGGACAGCGUGACUAGAAAAUGGAAGGAUCACACUAAACUGAUGCAGCUUGUCAAACUCUUUCUUGUCGAUGAGGUACACAUACUCAAGGAUGAGCGCGGCGCUACCCUCGAGGCUGUCGUGUCGAGGAUGAAGUCCCUGAAAUCCGAUAUCAGAGUGGUGGCAUUGUCAGCCACUGUGCCGAAUUCGGAGGACGUGGCAAUCUGGUUAGGAAAAGACUCGACGUCGCAACACUUACCUGCGCGCAGAGAGGUCUUCGGAGAGAGUUUUCGACCUGUCGAGCUCAAAAAGCAUGUUUACGGAUUUGAGGCGAAAGGCAAUGAUUUCGCUUUCGAGUCGAUGUUGACAAACCAGAUACCAGACACCAUCGCAAAGCAUGGACGGGCCAAACCCGUCAUGGUCUUUUGCUCUACUCGGCGGGCUUCAGUCACAACGGCCAAGGUGUUGGCGGAUAUGUGGUCAACUGCACAUCCUCUACAGCGUCUCUGGAAAGGGCCCGGAAAGCAACUCUCCUUGAUGAAUCCCGAUCUCAAAGCUACGUCCGCCGCAGGUGUAGCAUUCCAUCACGGCGGUGUGAGUGCAGCAGAUCGGCACAUUAUCGAGAAUGCAUUUUUGGAAGGGGAGAUCAACGUCAUAUGUAGCACUUCCACGUUGGCUGUGGGCGUGAAUUUGCCGUGCUAUCUCGUCAUUCUGAAAGGAACAAAAGUGUGGACUGACAAUGGCUUAAAAGAAUAUGCAGAUCUGGAGGUCAUGCAGAUGCUUGGUAGAGCAGGAAGGCCGCAGUUCGAAACUUCAGCAUGUGCAGUUAUCCUUACUCGGAAGGAUAAAGUUGCGCACUACGAAAAGAUGGUUUCAGGUGAAGAGAUGUUGGAGAGUUGUCUUCAUCAAAAUCUUAUCGAGCACCUCAACGCAGAACUUGUCCUCGGAACAGUGCACGACGUUACAACGGCAAAGCAAUGGCUGGAGAGCACCUUCUUUUACGUCCGUCUGGAAAAGAAUCCCUCACACUACCAAUUUCGAGAAGGGGUCAAGGAAAGUACAAGGGAUGAAUUGCUCGAGCAACUGUGCAAGAAUGAUGUCGCGAUGCUUCUGGACACGGGGCUGGUGGCACAAAAUACUCGAUUGACCUCAACAGUUUUCGGUGAGGCAAUGGCAAGGUAUUACGUCCGUUUUGACACAAUGAAGUCAUUUAUGCAGUUACCUCCCAAGGCGAGGAUGUCGGAAAUCCUCUCGGUUUUGGCCCAAGCAAAAGAAUUCCGCGAAGUACGAAUGUUAGCUGGAGAGAAAUCAUUUUACAAAGAAGUCAACAAAGCUCCAGAAAUCAAGUUCCCAGUCAAGGUCGAUAUUGCUCUUCCCGCCCACAAGAUCACGCUGCUAAUCCAGUCCGAACUGGGUUGCGCAGCGUUACCUGACGGCGAAAAUUAUAAAAGACAUCUUCAACAAAGCCGAAUCGAUAAGAUACCCGUCUUUGCUCACGCAAAUCGCCUGAUCCGCUGUAUAAUUGACUGUCAAAUUCAUUUGGAGGACGGAAUCUCGACUCGUAACGCACUUGAAUUAGGACGCAGCAUUGCGGCACGCGUCUGGGACAAUACCGCCAGUCAGUUAAGACAGGUUGAAGGUCUUGGUGAAGUUGCUGUUCGAAAAUUGGCAUCGGCAUCGAUCAAUAGCAUCGACACGCUUCUCAACACAGAGCCCUCUCGCAUCGAAGUUGUCCUUGGGAAGAACCCUCCUUUUGGCCACCAACUGCUGCAAAAGCUGGAGUCAUUUCCCAACCUGAGAGUGUCGGUCAAGGAGACCGCUCGAGAACUUAAAGCUGGUGACGGUGUCAGGAUCAUAAUGACAGCAGAACUCGGAUUUCUGAACAAGCAGCUGCCCCGGACUUUCAACAAGAAGAUGUUCUCUGUCUGCUUUUUAGCCGAGACAUCUCAUGGAACUCUUGUGGACUUCAGGAGGUUUAGCCCAAAAAAGCUUGAGAAUGACGAGCAUGUGGUUUUGAGUCUACACCUCACGAGGCCGACUAGCCAUGUCAACUGCCAUGUAAUGUGUGACAACAUUGCAGGUACCAGCAGGUACGCCCAACUAAACCUAUCGAAUAUUCCGACCUCAGUGUAUCGCAAGUCGCGAGCCCAGGGGGAUGUGCAGCCAGAAGAGAAUGAGGGCCACGUUGGGAUAUCUAGGUGCUGGAACGAGGAAUUCGACGAUGGUGGAGUCAACGACCAAGAUCUGCUUGCUCUCGAAGUUGAUGAGGCCAGAAUUGAAGUGAUCGAGGAUAUCGAUGAUCUUGUCAACAAAGAAACGGAGAAGAGGCGGGACAAGUCAUGGAAGGAGGUUCCCCAGCAACGCCGAGACACAAAUCCAGAACGCGCAGAAGAUUCCGAUGUUGCUGCCUUCCGAGAGCCUGUACAACUUCCAAGCGGGCGCUGGACUUGCCAGCAUGAUUGCAAUGAACGGGACAAGAAAUGCAAACACCGAUGCUGUAAAGAGGGAGUGGCAAAGCCUAGGCGUGGGCUCAAAUUCGGACCCAAACUCAAAGAAGAAGAGAAGGUCCAAAAGAAGAUCACUGCGGUGAUGAAGCCGAAAAUCAAGCAAGAGAGCGUAUAUCGCACGCAGUCGGCAGAUAUGGCCACCGCAGAUCUGGAAAACAGGCGAGAACAAUAUGGGACAAGCAUUUCCAAGGAUGCACGGUGUUCCAGAAGCCGAAGUCCUGGGGACAUUCUGCCAUCCAGCGACAGGAAGCAUAUCGAAGAACCUGCCGCGAAAAGACCGAAACUAUCAGAGGGUCGAGAACGAGAGGACAGUGAACAUCACUCCAAAAAUACCGACUUCAACUCUGAUGACUCGCUACAGUCUGCUCAGCACAGCUACUGUAAAAGAGGAAAGGGACACAACCCGAGUACCGCAAAGACCAACACUGAAUUUUUCGACCUAUUUUCCGACGAAGACGACAAUGACCCUUUCACUCUCCCUCUUGGUGAGCCAGGAGUAUUUGAUGAACUCGACGCCGGGAAUAGCUCUAAAGUCUUACCAGAAACCAACUCCUUCGGCACAGAUCUUGGUGGCCAGGACUGGCUCCCAGCAGAGGACGAACCCGCGGAUUUCUUGACCUCAGAUGUUGACCUUGGGUGUUUUGAUGCACCACUCGAGCAUGUUGCUAUGGCUGAUGUCGUCAAGAAAAAGAAAACCUCUGCCACCAUCCAGGGCAACUUUACAACUCCAGGGUUGCCAGACCUUGCAGAUGGGGCGAACUUCCGUGAUGACUUCUUUCUUUCUCCUGCUAAUUUCGAUGAAUCUUCAGCAGGCCAUCCUGGAAUAGUAGAUGAUUCUGACAGUCUUCGAUACGAGGAUAUUACCUCGUUUGCAGAUACGCCGGUUGAAUCAGUGGUGAAAACCCCGGAAGGCACCGAGCUCAUGGACGUACCGGUAGACGCUGAAAAUGGUCUUGCGGAGACUUCAUGCAAAGAAUCCGACUCUCAGCGGGAAAAGCGACUCUACGAAGAAGACCAGAAGAAAAAGUGGGAAGGAAUUGAUCAGUGGAUAUAUGAUGAGUUCCACGAGUACGUGGAGCUUGUUUAG